AUGUCGGUCGCGCAGGACAAGGUCCCGAACGACGAGUACGAGGUGCUCGAGGCGCUCGGCGAGGGCUCGUACGGGAAGGUCUUCAAGGCCAUGCACCGGCGCUCGGCGCGUGUCGUCGCGCUCAAGGUCGUGCCCGUCGAGAGCGACGACAAAGACAUGGCCGACCUCCUCAAGGAGAUCAAGAUCCUCCAAAAGUGCCAGUCGCCCUACAUCGUGCAGUACCAUGGCAGCCUGCUCUACGAGGGCAGCAUGUGGAUCGAGAUGGAGUUUUGCGAGGCGGGCUCGGUCGCCGACAUGCUGCGUGUCUCUCCAGCCGGCGUCUUGAGCGAAAAAGAAGUCGCCGCCGUCUGCGCCAACGUCGUGAAAGGUCUUGCGUACCUCCAUGAACAGCGCAACAUCCACCGGGACAUCAAGGCCGGCAACGUGCUUCUCUCAUCGAGCGGCCUCGCCAAGCUCGCCGACUUUGGCGUCUCGGCGCAGCUCACCAACACGAUCAACAAGCGCAAGACCGUGAUCGGCACGCCGUUCUGGAUGGCACCUGAGGUCAUCCAGGAGACGCAGUACGACUGCAAGGCGGACAUUUGGUCCUUGGGCAUCACGGCCAUUGAAAUGGCGGAGGGCGACCCGCCGCUCGCGUCGAUGCACCCGAUGCGCGCCAUCUUUUUGAUCCCGAGCCGACCGUCCCCGACGCUCAAGGAGCCAGCGCAGUACUCGCCUGCCUUCUCGGACUUUCUCGCGCUCUGCUUGAAGAAGAACGCGGCGGACCGUCCGUCGGCCGCCGAUCUCCUCUCGCACCCGUUCAUCAAGAGGGACGUCGAGCGCCUCGAAGCGACGCACGCGGCCGGCUUGCCCGUGCUGCAGGAGCUCGUGGACCGCAACCUCGAAGCGAUCUCGACCGACCGCGUCCACAUCACAAUGACCGAGUCUGGUGACGCGUCCACGAUGGUCGCGUCGACGCGCCGUAUGUCGACCGACGCCAGCAGCGACUGCGGAACCAUGGUUUACCGGGGCACAGGAAGCGCUCCUUCCGGCGCGCGCGACACCACAGAGCUCUACGGCACUGUUGUGCACCGGGGAGCAUCGGAUGCAUUUGGCACAAUGGUCGCCAAGGACUCGCCGCAGAAGCCGCCGACGCAGAUCGAACGCACGCCGGCGGAGCCUUCCUUCAUGAAGUACUUUCGUCUCGGCAGCGGCAGCGACGCCAACCUCCUCGAUGCCAAGAACAGCACGAUUCGCCCGACGUCGACGACCGUCCUCAGCGCCUCGGCCAAGUCGGUGACGCAGGCGCUCCUGCAGCUCGAAGACAAGUACGAGAAGGACCGCGUCGCUCUCGAGAAGGCCUACCUCCUUGAGAAGGCGCAGCUCGAGGCGCAGCUCGCGACGCUGAUGCACUAAGUCUUUUUAUUCCACCUCUUCUCACGCUA